CCUCACUCUAGUUCGUUCGGCUUUGUUCCUUCGCACGAGUGUAGAAUUUUUCAUGAGUUCUUCUUCGUCGCCGUUCGACUUUGCUCCUUCGACGACAUUACCUUCCUGUUGGAUCGGAAGUUACGACAUUUUUUUGAUCUGAAGCAACAACAGGAGCUUGCUUCCUGUGAAGUUCUCAUGUUUCCUAUACUAGAUUUGGGUGAUGAUUUAUUGCAACUGCCAAAAACCACCGCUGAUCCAGAGACCUUACAUUCAAAUUUCAAUGUACGGGAUGACCUCUUUACUCAUGGUACAACCGUAGGAAGAAAUAUUAAAUUUAACCCCAAGUCUCACAUUAGCAACAAUAGAAAUCCACGCAAGCCUUCAACAUAUCGUGCUUCUGAAGGCCCAUCUUCCACCUCCAAAUUUCACAAUGCUGUAGAUGAUGAGCAUGUGAAAAAGUUUCAAUCAGAGCUCCAAGACAUAAAAAAAAAUGCAAGUGCCAGUUAUGAAUAUUCUCAGUUGGAUUCGCUCCCUUCUCAUAAUGAAUCAUUAGAUGCUCAUGGUUCCAAUUUCUAUUCCAAUGACCCAAUUGAAUCAUUGGAAAUUAAGGCUCCUAGUUGUUUUCCAGCCCAUUUGAGUGAAGAGAGGUCAUGUUGUCUUAAUUUUAAUGAUUUGGAAGUUCAAUCUCUUACUGCAAAUGAGGAUAUUCACACCGUGGAAGCAGAGCACACAAUAGAUCAUAUUGGAGAAUCAAACCUUGAAGAGUGCGUCCUUCAUAUUGUGCAAAAUGGUGAAGCUAGAAAAUCAUCAAUGAAAGUUAGAUCGGGUAAUGAGCAUGUGAAAAAGUUAGAAUCAGAGCUCCAAGACGCAACAAAAAGUGCAAGUGCUAAUCAUGAAUAUUCUCAGAUGGAUUCACUUCCUUCUCAUAAUGAAUUAUUAGAUGCUCAUGAUUCCAGUUUCUCUGCCAGUGACCUAAUUGAAUCAUUGAAAAUUAAGGCUCCCAGUUGUUUUCCAACCCAUUCGAGUGAAGAAAGGGCAUGUUGUCUUAAUAUUAAUGAUUUGGAAGCUCAACCUCUUACUGAAAAUGAGGAUCUUCACACCAUGGAAGCAGAACACACAAUAGAUCAUAUUGAAGAAUCAAACCUUGAAGAUUGCACACCCAGUAUUGUGCAAAAUGGAGCUGGGAAGUCAUCAAUGAAACUUAGACCACGUAACAAGAAGUUGAAAACCAAUGAGGAAAAUUUUGCUAGUACAGAUCAAAUUGCGAAAAAAAUAAUUCCAGAAAUGGAUGAUGACUAUGAUGGUGAUAGUUAUAACGAUGAUGAUAUGCCUAAGCAAAAGAAAAGGAAGCUACCAAGAAAAUCAAGUAGCAGAAGCAAACACUCAGAAGUACCUGAUUCAACGGCUAAUGAUACUCCAAAGAAAAGGCUUCAGCAUGGUAGCAGUCGUUGCAAAAGUGCUAGGAGGCAAGUGAACGAGGGCUUGCUUGAGAUUCCUGAGGAUGAAGUCGAUAGAAAGAAACUUGUUAUAACGGAUCUCAUCAGGCGUGCUAGUUUCAAGGAGCGAAUAUCCAGCAAAGAAGCAGCUGCUUCGAAAAAUUCCUUUGUCGAUAAGUGUGUGGAAAAUGAACAAGACUCCAAUGAUAAUGAUAGAAAUAUAGACAUUCAACAAGAGGGUCGAAGAAUUAAUUAUCAUUCCUACAUGAAACGGACGCUCCAAACCAGAUGGUCAAAAACUGACACAGAGUUAUUCUACCAGGCUAUCAGACAAUAUGGCACAGAUUUUGCAAUGAUACAAGUACUCUUUCCUAAUCGAAGCCGUCAACAAGUUAAAGCAAAAUUCAAGAAUGAACAGCGCAAGCAUCCUCUGCAAAUUGCUGAUGCUUUAGUUCAUCGCAGCAAAGAUCAUUCGCACUUCGAGAAGUUCAUUCAGCACCUACAAACUGUGGCAGAGCAGAAAACAAAAAAUACUGCAAGCGAUCCAACUGCCCAAUCAGAAGAUGAAGGAGAUCAAAAUGAGGAAGAGAUGCAGCACGUUCUUUGAAGUCAACUGAUUUUGCUCAACAUUCUGACACGAAAAAAGUAUUGAUUUAAAUUUAUGAGAUGCUUCUUGAUUGAAGUUAUUGCUUCACAAUUUCGUUGAGGCUGUACAGUUUGUAAGGUUAGCUGAGGUUGCAUUUCAUUAGCCUCCCUAUAAUGUUAUAAUGGUUAUUGUGAGAAUGUUUUCUAUUAAGAUUAUUAUUGGUUAAUUGCAGUAACAAAUGCAUUUUUU